UGACGGAGAAGUGAAGUCUGCUUCCCAUCAUGCCCCGCGCGCGGCCUAGUCUGGUUGCUAUGGAGCGCGCGGCGGUGCUUCGCGUGAAGAGGAAGCGCGGCGGGCCUCUGCCGGUGGAGGCCCUGGUCCUGGCCUGUAAGCGGCUCCGCACCGAGGCAGGGACCGCCGCGCCAGCCACUCGCGAUGAAGUGGAGGAGAACCUUUUCAAGCUGGUGGCCACCGUGACUUCAGAGGAUGAGCCUGUCCAGAAGUAUGUCCAGGAUGCUAUUACCAAACAGAAAGCUGCCCAGCUUCUGCGACCCUCCCAAGGAAGCGUCCAAAGAGUGAUCGAGAACCUUCGCUCUUCCAAAAAGAUUGAGAGGCAAGAAAGUCGCUAUCGCCUGGUUGCCAGCCAUCGUCCAAAUUUCACUGAUGGAGAAAAUGCUGUCAGUGAUACAAAUGGGGAGAAGUUAAGUGAAAGCAACUGCUUGAACUCUGGAACUUCUCAGCAAGAAACCUCAGAGAUCUCAGGCUGUUGUAGCGGAUUCCAGUUGUUUGAUAUCAUACAAGAAGAUGAAGAGGAGAAAGACCCUGUUUUGCAGAAGCAAGAUGAUCCAGAUGUGAUUCUCUGCAAUGCUGUAGAGAUGAUUCGUGAGCGCUUAGUAGUGUCUGACCGUGAAAAGGAAGAAGAGCAGAGUUCAAAAGAUGGAGACUAUGUUUAUGAUAUCUACUAUAUGGAAACGACAUCCCCAGGUUGGAUUGAAAACAUUCUGUCCGUGCAACCCUACACUCAAGAUUGUGAGCUGGUGGACGAAGAGCGCAUCUCGGAAGAAAUCUAUGAGGACGAGGAUGAUGAGAACAAUGAGAAUAAUUGGCGCAACGAGUACCCCGAUGAAGAUGAUUUUCUUCCUGAGGGAGAUGAAGAUGAGUCCGACAAAAGCAGUCUCAGUGAUGAAGAUGGUGGCUAUAUCAGGAGAACGUGGGAGAAAUAUCAGUCAGAUGUCUUACGGGAAUUUGAGUACGAUGGCUUGGAAGAGCUGGAUUCUGAGUAGUUUGCUCUGCUCUUAGAAGCUCAAAGGCUCAUUCUGUGUCAAGAAUGCCCCGGAUGUUCUUGGAUUCACAACUCUGCCAGUAAUACUAUUUGUAUACAGUGAAUACUGCAUUUCUUGCUUCCAGAAGCCUUGAUGGCAUAGCUAUAGCACAGAGCUUGGAGAUGGGAAAUUUUUGCCUUGUUUGAAAUAUUUGAAACCUACUUCUGAAGUUAGAAAGAAUAUUUCAGUAAAUUCCUGAAAGACACCUAAAACUUUUCAGAUUAACUACAACAAAACUAGAAAUACAGAGCCAAGGAUGUGUGUUUUGACAGACCUUUGUGUUUCCUAUUGUAAAAGAAUCUUUGCAACAAGACCGUUGCUCAUACUGCAUGGACUUUUGCACUUUAGUAUUAUUGGAUUUCCAAGUAAUACACAUGUUUUGAACUUUGAUAUGUAAAUAAAAAGUGGUUUUCA